CUAUUUAUAAUAUUACUACAACUUAUAAUAUUGAAUGGAGUACAAUCACAAACACAACAUAAGGUGGCCGUGCUACUGAGUGAUAAGGCGUUGGAUUUUGGAUUCAACUAUAUGAUCAAUAAUGGAGUGAUCAAUGCUCAGCGCUACUUCAAUAUGACCAACAUCCAUGUGUUGGAGAAUAUCAAACAAGAUAUAUUCAAUCAGACUGUUGAGGGUCUGAUCAACGAUGGCUACGACGGCAUCUUUGCCUCGUCCAUCGAGAUGACCGCACCCACCAGAGCCUUCGCCAGACAGUACCCCAAGGUGCGUUUCCUGGCCCGCAGUGGUACAUUCGCCAACACCACCAACAUGUCCUUCUUCACCUACAACAUUGGUAUCUCGUACUACAUCGUUGGUCUGGUCGCCGGCCUCAUGACCAAGACUGGCAACAUCGGAUACAUCGGACCAGGCCUGCCUAUGUUGGCCAACUACAAUGCCAACGCACUGUUUGUCGGAGCCCGUCGCGCCAACCGUACCGAUAUCCCACCCGUCAAAGUGACAUCGAUCAACACCAACAGUUGGAUUGAUGAGGAUGUCGUCGCCGGAGGCACCCAGACCUUGUUGGACAAGGGUGUGGACUUUAUCGGCAACAACCAGGACGAUAUGACUGCUGAGAUCAUGAUGAUCAGGGCUGGCCUGAUGGGUCUGGGCACCAACGGAUUCCCUCAAUCUCAACUCUACGGUCAAUCAAUCGGCACCAGUAUCAUCAAUGAUUGGUCCCAAGUGAUCAUCAACUUUGUCAACCUCGUCGUUACCAACUCAUCCACAUCCCGCAAGGACUAUGGUGACUUUGGCAAUGGAUUCCUCAA